AUGGAGGUUAAGCAUCAGAGGAAAGAGGAUGAUGCCUUGAGUGAAGCCCUAGGUGAGACUCUAGCUGAUACUGAUACAGAAGAUGAAGAUGAGCUCCAAAAUGUCCUAUGGCACAAGGAGAGGUUCUUGGAUGUUUAUCCUCGGGUGAAACUGGAGCUUGAGGAGCACAUCAGUAAGCUCCACGCUCUGGCAGACAAGGUUGACAAGGUGCACAGGGACUGCACCAUCUCACAGGUGGUGGCCAGCUCCAGCAGCGCUGUGUCCGGAGUCCUGACAAUCCUUGGUCUGGCUCUGGCACCUGUGACAGCAGGAGUCAGUCUGGCACUGUCAGCCACUGGCUUGGGGCUGGGGGCAGCAGCGGCUGUGACAAGUGUUUCCACAAGCAUUGUGGAAAAGGUAAGCAUUACAUCUGCUGAAGCUGAAGCCAGCAAGCUGGUGCCAACCAACAAAGACACAACGAAGGGCAUGAAAGACAUUUGGGAUCUGAGUGACCCCAGAUUUGUUUCCUUAUGCAAGACUUCCUUGAAGAACCUAAAAAACAUCAAGAACAACAUUGAUGCUGUCAAACUGACCAAAGCCAACCCUCGACUAGCAAAUAAUGCCAAGCGUCUCAUGACCACAGGGAAGAUAUCUCGCCGAAAUACUAAACAGGUGCAGAAAGCCUUUGGAGGUACUGCUCUGGCUAUGACCAAAGAAGCCCGGAUUGUGGGUGCAGCCACCGCAGGUUUCGCCCUCCUGCUGGAUGUGGGCAACCUUGUGGAAGACUCGAAGCAUUUGCAUGAGGGUGCUAAGUCAGAGUAUGCUGCAGAGCUGCGGCAGCAGGCUCAGGACCUGGAGCAGAAGUUGCAGAAGCUCAAACAGUUUCGUGACAUCCUGAUUCAGUGAUCUCUUCCUCUUCAGUGCAGCUCAGAG